GCCAGCCGGAGCUGCAGCAGCGAACGCGCGGGGGCGGGCGCCGGGGCCUCCUCCUCUCCCCAGGCCUCCCCGGCAGUCUCCCGCUGCACCACAAGCGGAGGCAGAUCCCUCGGCGCGGCCUUCGGCUCCGGCUCCGAGUCCGAGUCGGUCUCCGCGGCCUCCCCGACCACCCGCAGUCCCGUGGGGCGGCCGCGCGUCGGGCCCGAGAGGACCAGGUACAGCUCCUCCUCCUCCGACGAGGACACAGAGAGCUCCGAGUCCGUCUCGGCCGCCUCCCCCGGCACCACCGUCUCAGGCCUCCGCAGCGGCCUCCGCCGACGACUCUGGGACGCCAUGGCGCGAGCUAGGGAGAAGACGCGCGAAGGGAUGAUAUGAGAGGCGGGCGCCCUGCCGUGGUUAAAAGGCGCAAGUUCUGGAUUCUCAGCCCCUCCACUGACUACCUUAGCAAUCUGGGGCCAUCUGCUUCCCCUGCCUGGGCCUCAGUUUCCUUUUCUGCAUCAUCAUCCCUGAUGAUGAUGAUGAUGAUGAUGGGGGCUACUAGACCCCAGCCUCCUCAGUGUACUGAUGGGAAAACUGAGGACCACCAGCUCGAUCAAGGCUGAGGCACGAGUACCCGGAGUCCCAAACUAAGCUCUUUCCGAUUUUGCCUCCUAGCAGAGGCCACACCCUCCUCCAAGCCUGUGUCAGAUUCGGAAGCACACGGGCUCCUGAGCCGUUCAGGUACAAGUGCCUGGGUCACAGAAAGGGUAACAGCCCAACUGGACUCUGGGAGGGGUGCACUAAGGGCGGGGUAGGGAGCGCUAUCACCGAAGACCGUACCGAGUCACCGGAGCGCCCAGCCUGCGGGAUCCGCUACCUAGCCGAAGUGCGGAGUCUUUACCGAGAAAGGAGAAGGCGGCAGCCCCAACCAAUAGGGGAGCAGGUUGGGCGGGUGUUGGCGGCCAAUCACCUGGGCCGCUCGCCUGCCAACCAGGAAGCAAGCCCUCAGGACCAGCUUUGAGGGGUGUGUGUGAAGAGCCACGUGAAUAUGGGCACGGCCAAUAGGAAAGCUGUUGGGCUGGCGCUUCCGCGUUGUGCUGCGAGGCGUGUAGACAGACGGGGACUCUAAAUGACGAGAAGUCACGUGUAACAAGCGACUCGGCCAAUGGAAAUGCUCGAGGACCCGGAAACGGGGAAGAAGCAGAGGGAAGGGCGGAGAUGCUUGUCACGUGCGGCCAAUAUAGACAAAGCAGGCCCUCCCCCUAGUCUCCCAAGUUCAGGCGCGCACCACAAGAGCCCAGAAAAGAAAGGCGGGGCUAGCCCGAAACACCAAUGGAAGCGAGAGUGGGCGGGCUCGCGCUUAGGUGCAGGAGGCGGAGCUUGCCCAGCCGGGCCAAUGAGGACACGAGGCGCUGGACGGUUGUUAGGCAGGGAAGGUCGGCGCAUGGCUGACGCGGCACUGUUCGAGUUUCUGCACACGGAAAUGGUAGCGGAGCUGUGGGCGCAAGAUCCGGACCCCGGCCCCGGGGGACAGAAGAUGAGCCUGUCGGUCCUGGAGGGCAUGGGCUUCCGCGUGGGCCAGGCCCUGGGCGAGAGGCUGCCCCGGGAGACGCUAGCCUUCAGGGAGGAGCUGGACGCCCUCAAGUUCCUAUGCAAAGACGUGUGGGCGGCCGUGUUUCAAAAGCAGAUGGACAGCCUCCGCACCAAUCAUCAGGGGACCUACGUCCUGCAGGACCACAGCUUCCCCCUUCUCAUCCGGAUGGCCUCGGGUCUGCAGUACCUGGAGGAAGCGCCCAAGUUCCUGGCCUUCACCUGCGGCCUCCUACGGGGCACCCUCAGCACCCUGGGCAUCAAGAGCCUGGUCACCGCCUCCGUGGCAGCCCUGCCCGCCUGUAAGUUCCAGGUGGUGAUCCAGAGAUCCUGAGGGAGCCCCAGGCGCCACCCCAUCCCGGGGACCCAGCUGCUGCCCGUGGUGGUGGCUGGUGCUGGGGAGACGGGGUCCCCCCACCGCUUCAGGGCCUCAACAAAUGGGUGUCAUAGGGAGGUGGGGGUGUCCCGGGGGCAAGGUGGACCCCGCCCCAGUCGGGGCUGGUGUGGAGGGAGCCCACAUCGGACACGUCCCUCCACAUGGCAGGUGCUCAAUAAAGGUUCUGUACGUGGGACCAGAUUCCAAGUGGAAGGUGGGGGUCACGCAGGUGCUGGGGGCAGGGUCAUCUGCAAAGGGACUGUCUGUGUCGCAGGUCCUGGGGGAGAAGCAGGCUACCCUGUGUGGCUCCCCAGCCCACAUUUCCUCCUCUCCUGGGCCCCCUCCUCCUCGGCCUCAGCCCUGCAGCUUGCCGCCUCCUGCCCUGCACACCUGGCAGGGGAGGGUGGCCCCUGGCGCUGGCACCCUUGCCAGCGUCAAGUCUGGGGCCGCUCUCCUCCCAGCGGGGCCCACAGGACGGACCUCUCCCUAGGAGCAGGGCCAAGGGCCCCCAGGGUGCUGGCAGGGGUGGGCUGGGCUGGGGCUGCCAGGACCAAGGAUGGAUGCAGGUGAGGUGGGCUAGACACCCUCGGCUCCCCCAAAACACACACACACACACCCGAAUACACAGUUCAUGUGCCUGGCGGAUGCGAGUCAUACCAAGAAAAGAGCAAUGGCCAGGCUGACCAGUCCCUGGGCAGCUCGGCCUCCAUGCCUGCACCCCACCCCCUGCCGCCACCUCCAAUGUUUACAUUCAUAGCAUCCGAGGGCAUCACCCGUCUGGACUCUGCCAGGCUCUGCCACUUGCUGCCUGAUGUGGGUAAGUACCCCCACCUCAGAUCUGCACGCCGAGGCUGCGACAGACCCAGACGGGAGGAGGAGGGGUCUCCUCAGUGGGUGG